UAUUACACCCCAACUCUUCUUCAUUUUCUCCUAAACUCGCAUCGGCAGGACCCGACCCGACCUCCACAAAUAUGGUCCACUCUAAUUCCACCGACGAUUUCAAGCUGGUCGGAUUCUCCAAUUUCAUUCGCACCAAUCCCAAAUCCGACCGCUUCGCCGUCAAGCGUUUCCACCAUAUCGAGUUCUGGUGCACCGAUGCCACCAACACCGCCCGCCGUUUCUCUUGGGGUCUCGGCAUGCGAUCCGUCGCUAAAUCCGACCUCUCCACCGGCAACAUGACCCACGCUUCUUAUCUCCUUCGUUCCGGCCAACUUAAUUUCCUCUUCACCGCCCCUUACUCCCCCUCCAUUGCCCUUUCCCAAAACCUCUCCCCUCAUUCCACCGCCUCCAUUCCCUCUUUCGAUCACGCCCUCUGCCGCUCUUUCUCCGCCUCCCACGGCUUAGCCGUCCGUGCCAUCGCCCUCGAAGUCGACGACGCCGAAACCGCCUUCACCACCAGCGUCUCCCACGGUGCCCUACCCUCUUCCCCUCCUAUCACCCUCGGCGACAACAACGAAGCCACCCUCUCCGAAGUCAAACUCUACGGCGACGUCGUUUUGCGUUACAUCAGUUACAACAAAAACACCAACUCCCACCCUGAUUCCUUCUUGCCCGGCUUCGAGAAAGUGGAAGAGGAGCUUUCUUACCCAUUGGAUUACGGAAUCCGAAGACUCGAUCAUGCGGUCGGCAAUGUCCCGGAUCUGGGCCGCGCCGUUUCGUACGUUAAAUCAUUCACUGGUUUUCACGAGUUCGCAGAGUUUACAGCCGAAGAUGUGGGGACCAGCGAGAGUGGGCUAAACUCCAUCGUUUUAGCCAACAACGAUGAAAUGGUGUUGCUCCCGAUGAACGAGCCGGUGUUCGGGACAAAGAGGAAAAGCCAAAUUCAGACGUAUUUAGAACACAACGAAGGUGCGGGCGUUCAACAUUUGGCGCUGGUGAGCGAGGAUAUAUUCAGGACGCUGAGAGAAAUGAGGCAGAGAAGCUUGGUUGGUGGUUUCGAGUUCAUGCCGUCGCCGCCGCGCACUUACUACAAGAAUCUGAAGCAAAGGGCAGGGGACAUUUUGAGUGAUGAGCAGAUUAAAGAGUGUGAAGAGCUGGGGAUUUUGGUUGAUAGAGAUGAUCAAGGCACCUUGCUUCAGAUCUUCACUAAACCCAUCGGUGAUAGGCCAACGAUAUUCAUAGAGAUAAUUCAGAGAAUUGGGUGCAUGGUGAAGGAUGAAGAAGGAAAGCAAUACCAGAAAGGCGGAUGCGGGGGUUUUGGGAAAGGUAACUUUUCGGAGCUCUUUAAAUCCAUUGAAGAAUACGAGAAAUCUCUUGAAGCCAAACAAAUUCCUCAAUCCCUCACCGCCAAGGCUUGAGAUUUUUACUUGGAUCUUUUUUAUUAUUUGAAAUAUCAUACACAUGUUCGAAGAAAGAAAAUACUACUACCAGAUCUUGAACCCGACACCGAUAGUGUUAACCACUACCCAAACAGGUGUUGUGCAGUUGGCAGUUCAUAGGUGUUUUAAGAUUAAUUAUGCAUUUUAGGUGGAAAUCAAAUUUAUUAGCUAUCUACUGUAUACGGUCCCAUAUUUCCUUUAAUUUACUCUUUCAACUUUCGUUUUGAAA